AUGGUUCCACGAAGAGUUUGUCCCCGCUGUUCGAAAAUUUUCGGAUUGGAGCCAAAGGCAUUGCUGGUUCUUGAUAAUUGCACCAGUCAUUAUGACGUUGACGAAUCUCUACAGAGUGACGAUGGACUGAUUCAAGUGAUCUACUUCCCACCAAAUGUAACUGCUGAAUGCCAGCCGAUGGACCAAGCGGUCAUCAAUGCAAUCAAGCGAAAGUAUAAAAGAAAACUGAUGCUCGCAUUAAUUCUGGAAAACGAACACUUAAGUUUCGAUGAACGAUUGAAGAAGAUUAAUCUUCAACAGUGUAUUUCGUGGUUGGCAACCUCUUGGGAGGAGAUAUCUGACAAAACUAUACGUAAUUCGUGGAAGAAAUUGAUCGAUGGUUUGCCGGAGGAUGCUGUUAAUGUAGACUCGAAAGCGGCCGAUGAUGACUUCAAAGCGCUUGUGUCCAGGAUUGACAGUUUGGCAGGAACAAAAACAUCUGAGCAAGAUAUUGAUCUGUGGAUCAAAGAUCAGGUGUAUGAUGCUGAUCAUAAUCCAGAUUGGGUAACCAGUGAAGUGUUCUCUGAUGACGAGAUUUUGUCAUCAGUUCUCAAGAAAGAUCAACCUGAAAUGCAAGAAGAAUGGUUGGUAGACACAGAAGAUGGAAGUAAUUCGUUUGAUACUUCCAUUACUAGUACCGGAGAUCCUGAUUUUGGCGAUGCAAUCAAGUCAAUUGAUUGCCUAGUUCGCUAUAUGAAGCAUGAUGUUGCAGAAGUAUGCCGUUUGAACGCGCUACGUUCGAAAAUCACUGAAGUUGAAUGGCUAAAACGAGCAUGUUGAAGAACUCUACCAUUUUGUUGAAAAUGAAUUUACGUGGUUUGUUUAAUUUUGUUUGAAACGUUUAAAAUAAAUAUUGUUUUUGUUGAAUAA